AUCAAAAUAAAAUCUUUCCCAGAACAUGCCUUCAAACAAAACCACAAAACCACUUAAAUGGCAUCGGAAAGUUACAACCAUAAAGAAAUGGAAUGAUGAGGAAAUAAAAUCUAUGCUAACAUACAUCUCUAGGCACGGCAAUAUCGAGAAGCCCACGGCAAGAAAGUACUACACGAAACUGAUAGAGGAAACCAAGAUAAGCGGCUCUUGGAACACAUUUAAAUGCAAGCUGAGAUAUCUAAAGGGUACUCUACAGAAGGCCAAUACCUGGAUGAAGACGAAAGGAGCAGAGAUUGAUGAUCCCGACAGAGUUAGAGAGACCUUGCUGCAAUUGUGCCCGCACUAUGAUCAGCUGGUUGACAUGUUUGGCGCCGAUUUCAAUUUUGAAUCUUCCAUGAGCAAUAGCGCGUGGAACACCGACUUCAACCAUCCGCGCGCAUCGAUAUUCAGCAACGACGACUCCCUUAAUGAGGAGUAUCUGAGAUCCGAAACCGAAUCAUCAGUGGAUCCCAUUGACUGCUCUGAUUCCUUAUACGAGACUGAGCUACAGAACCACCAAAGUAGAAUCGAGGAAAAGACCAUGGACCAUGGUUGCCCUGCUGCCAAGAAGAUCGAUGAGCUGAACUUUAAGGAAGCCAUUCUGCAGUUGGAGGUGGAGAAAUUCCACUGGCUCAAGGAGAAGGAGCUGAGAAGAAUGAAGUUUGAGGAGAAGAAAUUGGAAACAGCCGUUGAGCUGAGAAAGCUCGAACUGGAGCAGGAGGAAAGAAUCGCGCUGUAUGAAAUCAAAAUGAAAUAUAAGGAUAAAUAGACCCAAAUCAGACCUCCCCCACCUGCUAUAAGUAUUACUAGGGCAGGCAUGUGUAAAUAUAAGACUAGCUUUGUGGCAAUACACGCAAUACUUACUGCCUCUAUCGUUCCACUAUGUACGCUUAAAAUAAAUAAAUAAAAAACAUAUUUAUAAACUA